UCACCUUCCUUUGGGGUGUUAUCGGACACAAAUCGGCAAGACGACGACACUUUGUGCCGUUGUUCCGAGGGCCGCAAUGGCGGUGCGGUGCAAUACACUUUGCCCACACAUUCACACGAACAAAUUUCCCCGACAAUGGUCCCUCAAUUUGGGAUCCAACACAGGGUGUCCUAAACUCCUUACUGCACUUCCACCCUCUCUGCUAGCUAGCAAAUUUCCUUCGAUCUUGUGGCCCAAACUCUGGCCUGGGAGUUGACGUGGUCCCUUAAUUGUGAACACCGUCGCGCCUUGCGGAAUCCGCAGCCUGUUACCCAUGAUCGCUCCAGAAUGCGUUCCGACGCGCCCAGCUCCCACACAAUGGACCAGUCCGAAAACUACCUUCCCCCAAUGAUGUUCGUUCCAAAUGACCAGAUCAUGGGUCCGAGCCGGGCUCAACGCGUCCCAGUGGCACCAAGCAUGCUAUUCACCUACGCACAUAUGAGAGGACGGAAUCAGCAUUACUUUGAUCCCUUGCACCACGCAUUGUAUCCAGCUUCGGAUAGGCAACGAUUCAAUCACAGAAUGUGGCUUCCACCAAUUGCCAAAAGAGCGUCUCUAGAAGGACUUCCUCGAGGUGCGACUUUCUUCUGUGAUCCUAUUACUGCAGCAAAUUUACAGCCGCCUCAACUCCUCCCUCUCGCGUUGCAUGGUGGCAGUUAUCAACCACAAAGAGAGCAACAACCCCAGCUCACUUAUAAUGAGUACAUCCGACAGAAUCCUCCAGCAAUUGGGAAUAACCACUACAAGGGCGACAUGGUGUGGGCCAAUUUUGGUUACUACUUGGCCGAAGGCAAGUGGAUAGAUCCCGAGAGCGAAGGAGAGCUAUAUGAGGCCUACCUGAACCAGCCUAGCCCCCAUAGAGCAGAACCGCAUCUUCCAGACAUCCCGAGAUCCCGAGAUCAUGGACCUCGCAUCUUGACACCCCAAGAGCUGAAUGAAGUUUACCAAAAUUUUGCAGCAGAUGUCACCGACGAACAUGAUGCCGAAGGCGAUCCCCGUGACUGGCGUAUCAGCCCAGAGACUUUUGCCCAGUGGGCUGCCGGCGCCGUAACUGGAGAUCAGUAUGAAGAAACAGUCAUAAAGACGCCCGAAAAUCUUCCCACUGCCAGACGAAGCAUCGCCGAAAAGUGCAGGAUUCCUAUUCAAUCAAAGCCGGAAAUGCAGUUUGAUCUGGAGACGGGCAGCGUACUAUCUGGAGUCUACGAAAUUGAGUGUAGUCCAUCUCUUCUGUCAAGCCCACUUGGUCUGUAGUUAGCCUAACUGUAGACAUUUCUCGUGCUGACUUGAAACGUA